AUGGCUUUUCCAAGCCAACUGCUCAUCAGUAUGGGCGUCAAAGUGGCGAUUGUGAUCCUUACAAUCGUGACACUGAUCCUUCUCGACCCGGCCUAUGUCACCGCCUACAUCUCAAUCAACUAUGAAAUUGUCAUCAUCUAUUUGGUUUCUGCCCUCACCCUUCUCUACUGUAUUGUCUCCGUUUUGAUGUCAUUCUUGUUGGCAAAACGUGGCGAGGAUACACCACUCACUAAUUGCGCCUUCUCGGAAAUCAUUUUCGCGACCGCUGGAAUUAUGGGAUGGCUCAUCAUCAUUGGCAUCGGCGGUACCAUCUCUCAACGUACCAUUAUUGAGACUGGAGAGCGAUUCGGAUGGAUUGGGGCCAUGGCCGGACUAAACGUCGGCUGCUUCCUCAUCAUCGCGGCCAUCUUCGCAGCCAACGUUGUCAGCGAGAAGAUCCUCCAACGUCAGAGCCGAUUCAACAAGUACGAUCGUGGAGUUUACAUGCAAUAA